ACUCAAGGAUAUAAUCUCAUGCCCGCAACGUACGUUUCCUAGAUCGCGCUGCGUGCCAUUACAGUGUCGAGAUUGCGGAAGCUGUAAUGUUGAACGACCCAACAUCGCCCUCUCAUUGCACUGAGACUGCUUACCGAACCUUAACAGGCAUCCAUCUGGCCCACGUGAGCCAGUGUGAUUCCCAUUCGGCUCAACCUCGUCUGCAAACUACUCGCCGAACAACUUGAGGGAUGUCUUUCGCGCUCCACUUGAGAAUGACGCCUGCAUACUUGCACCGUCUCCGUCGACAACCCGCACAAGGAUCUGUCUUCCAUUAUGAAGUACUGUCACAGCAGCAGCACAGCGAUAGCCUCAUCAACCGUCUCACAGACGCCGCCCUCACAUCACACAGUUGCCAGAACGACGACAUAGCUUUGGAACAGGGAGCACAGCGCCGAAACAGCCAUGCAUCAGAGGCGCAGAAACCAAGUAGCGAUCUACAGUCAGAGCAAGCCGUAUCCUACCUCAUUCACUUCUCUGGCGCCUGCUUCCUCUGGUUAGCGCUCUGGACCGGCACCUUAGUGCUACUGGGCAAGUUCAAGCCUCCGAAGAUGCGCGACUGUCCAUCCGAGAGGCAAGUUCGCUACUCUUACCAAUAGCCCA